AUGAAGACUUCUCUAGUACUUCUUCCGGCUCUCGCAGCCCUCGGCUUCACGGCACCCGUCGAGCAAGCCCCGCAGCCUCCAGUCACUUGCACCGGGAACCAAAAGGAGAACAUUCUCGUCUCGCACGAUUACAACUUCACCCCCACGUCGGACACGUAUGAGAUCUGCAACGGCGAAUGCUUCAACGUCCCUGCAGAAUACAACAACUCCAUCUCUGCGAUCGACCCGAACGAUCACACCGCGCAGACGUGCACUCUUUACGACUUGCCCAACUGCGAGCGCAUUGGUGGAGAAGGCUAUGUCCUCAUUGGCAAUGACCGGGUCAACGAUCUGCGCACGCUUUCUCCUGCUCAGCCAAACCUUGACAAGAAGGUGUCGAGCAUUCUCUGCACCUGGACGAACUAA